CAUCAUAGUUUCCAGGGAAACAAUAUCUUUCAGAUCGUAUUUCAUGUUUUAACGAUAUGUUUACGUAGAUUUAUAUGUUGACAAUUUUUUGAAAAUAGUGUCAGAAACAUGGCUGUGUAUUUUGAUCACCGUCUUGAAACUGACAGAUCUGGAAUAAACACAGAUGCAUCAUGGUUCAGUGGGGCCCCUAUGAUUGCUGUCAAUUCCUACAGUGAUGAGAAUGGGGGAACUGUCAAUCUAUUUUUGGAGGAGGGUGAAAAAUUGCUAAAUAUUCCUUUGCACCGUGCUGGUCAAGCAACAUCUGUAGCAUGGCACCCAACAAGGAAAAUUGUUGCAGUUGGUUGGGAAAAUGGAGAAUUACUAGUGUGGAAUGAAGUUGACCAUGAAUUGUUUGAAGGUCUUCCACUACACAAAACCGCCAUUACAGUAUUACACUGGAGCUCUUCAGGUUCAAGGCUGUCUUCUGGGGACAAGGCUGGUGUACUGAUGGUAUGGAAGUCUGAUGGGAAAGGUCGCUUACAGCAGAAUCCUUUGCAUCAACACCAUGUCCAGGAACCGCUCAGUAAAAUCCUGUAUAGACCUAUUCCUCCACCAGAUCCUGAACAUGAUAUUGCAGCGCUUGCCAGAGCUGCUGUCAGUGGAGACGAGAAAGCUUUAGAUCUCUUCACAUGGAAGGCCAAGGGCAAGGGUAAUAAUAAGAUGGUCUCGAUGUUUGGUCCCACAGAAGCCCUGACAUUCUUUGUAGGCGGUGAAAGUGGUGGUGUUUAUUAUGUGAAUGAGAAUGGUCAGUGUACGCAGAUAUUUUCUGUGGACACUGCUAUCCUCCGCUUCCUCUACUAUGAAGAAAAGAAUGUGUUGAUCACAGUAACAGAAAACAUGAUGCUAACACAACAUGCUAUAAUGCCUGAGGGUGAUGCUAAAGAACUCAUGAGGGUAAAGAUGAGUGGCAGGGGAGAGAACCCAGUUAUUUGUUGGGCUGGAAAAAGUACCAUAGCUACUGCUACAGGAGAAGGUGUGGUUAGAAUGUGGGAUCUAGACCAUGAAGAAAACUAUAUUUUGUCCUUGGAUGGACAUGCUAGCUACGAUUCAUCAGAAAACAUCAUGUGUAUCAGUUACUGCGAGGAGAAGGGUGUACUUGCUGGAGGCACUAACCUUGGAAAUGUGGCUCUAUGGCGAUAUUCUCCACCUCUAGGAAGCCGGAUUGUAGAUGGAGAACAAAAAUGGAAGUUGCAGGCACCGGCUACUGUAGAAGGAAGUAUUCGGCAACUUUCAUGGGGAUCAAAGAAGAAUUUACUAGCAGUAAAUACCAUUGCAAAUGUGUUCAUGCUCAACGAACAGACAAUGAGCUCAAGUUUUUCUGGUCAGACAGCUGUGGUACAGUUUGGUCCGAGUUCCCUGGCUCUAGAGAUGUUUUCCACAGGAACACACCAUGACUUAAAGACAGAGAUACAAGUCAAAGGUGUCUGCACAACAAAGGAUACGUUAGCAGUGUGGAAUGGCCGGAAAGUUAUCACUUACGAAUAUUCAGAGGAUAGAACCAUCAUUAAGGGCGCAGGAACCUUUUCUUCAGAGACCAUGGAGGUGCGACUUUAUGAACAAAAUGUUUACUGUGUUGAAAUUGGCAAGGUUCAGGUUCGCACUCACCAGGGUACCGUGAAGCAAGUCAUCAACUUCUCUGAUGCUGAGGGCCAGCCUGUCAGUUUGGAUGUAUGUGGUACAUCCCUAGUUAUAGCAACAGACAAUGGAGUGGUCCGUGUGUAUGAUUUAUCUAGGAGAGAAGCUAAGCCAACCAGCCAACCAAAGAAUUUAGGGGAUGUUAUUCCUGGUUUUAAUGGAAUCAUUUCUGCAAGGUGUAACUCUAACGGAUCCAAAGUCAGCGUCCUCGUAAAAAAUAAUUCAAACCAUGCAGAUCCUAAACUUUACUUUUGGGACGUGGAGUCAGAUAUUGUCUCUUACUUCAACUUUGAGAGUGGGCGUGGAGAACAGGAUGACUUUCCCCCAGAACAGAUAGAAGGUGUGGAGGGGGAUACAAAUGAUGCAGAAAGGGGGAAGAACCAGGCAGCUGCUGACAUAGCUGGACGGUACCCUAUGACCCAUUACUGGGAUCCCCAUGACACCAAAUUGAUCGUGUGUGAGGCCAAGGUGAUGGCUAGUGCUGUGGAGAAGAAAGAAAAGGAGGAAAAGAAACGUCACUCUCUGACUAAGGCUGUGGAGGAGGGACCAGUAGAGGUGAUGCUUGUGUCGCUGUUCUGUACACCAGAGAACGGCAUCCUCAUCCAGGACAGCUUCCAAAUGCCGGAGCAUUUUCAGGCCCUGCUGGGCAUAGAGGUGCCCUAUUACUAUUUCAUCAAGAAGUCUGAAAAUCUUAAAGAGGAAGAACAGGAGAAGGAUGAUGCUCCACAGCCAGAAAAUCUCAUAAAGGCUGACACUGUUAUACAACCAAAACUGGUGGCCAGGAAAACCAUGCGUGACUUUGUAGGGCUGGAAAACAGUGACAAGAACACGAGGGAGGCUAUGAUGAACUUCAGCUACUAUCUUACCAUUGGCAACAUGGACGAGGCUUUUAAAUCCAUCAAACUCAUUAAAAGUGAAUCAGUGUGGGAGAAUAUGGCCAAAAUGUGCGUAAAGAGCCGGCGUCUUGAUGUGGCCAGUGUUUGUCUGGGCAACAUGGGCCAUGCCCGCGGUGCUAAAGCUCUCCGGGAAGCCAUGAAAGAGCCAGAACUGGAUGCCAAGGUAGCAGUCCUUGCCAUGCAGCUUGGACUGAAGGAAGAUGCAGAGAGAUUGCUGAAAAACUGUAAGCGAUAUGAUUUACUUAAUGAGUUCUAUCAAUCUUCAGGCCAGUGGAUUAAGGCAUUAGAAACAGCAGAAAUGUAUGAUCGCAUUCAUCUUAGAGCCACAUAUUAUAAUCAUGCAAAACAUCUGGAAGUCAGGGGAGACUACUCUGAUGCUAUACCAAAUUAUGAGAAAUCAGACACACACCGCUUUGAAGUUCCAAGGAUGUUAUUUGAUGAACCUGAGGCAUUGGAACAAUACAUCGGUCGGCAUAAAGACAAGGCACUACAUAAGUGGUGGGCUCAGUACAUGGAAAGUACAGGGGAGAUGGAUGCUGCCUUACAGUACUACGAGACUGCCCAAGAUUUUCUCUCACUGGUCAGGGUCUACUGCUAUUGUGGCAAAAUGGACAAGGCAUCAGAAAUCUGUAAUGAGACAGGAGACAGGGCUGCCUGCUACCACUUAGGUAGACAGUAUGAAAACCAGGAUUUGAUCAAAGAAGCAAUUCACUUUUUCCAGCGGGCACAGGCUUAUGGAAAUGCUAUUCGACUGUGUAAAGAACAUGGUUAUGAAGAUCAGCUACUGAAUCUGGCAUUACUUGGACGUCCUGAAGACAUGAUGGAGGCUGCUCGCUACUAUGAACAGAAACAAGGAUCUCAGGACAAGGCAGUCAUGCUUUAUCAUAAGGCAGGAAACUUCUCUAAAGCAUUGGAUCUGUCCUUCCGAUCCAAACAGUUUGGAGCUUUACAGAUGAUUUCUGGGGAUUUGGACGAGAGAGCAGAUCCUGAAUUAUUACAGAGGUGUGGUGACUUCUUCAUGGAUAACGGCCAGUAUGAUAAGGCGGUGGAUCUCCUUGCUAUCGGUAAAAAGUACUGGGAAGCUCUGAAGAUCUGUAUGGACCAGCAUGUGGAAAUCACUGAAGACCUAGCGGAGAAGCUCACCCCUCACAAAGAUGAUAUGGGGGGUGAUACCAUGGAGCGGGUGAAAAUCCUGGAAGCCAUUGCUGAGGUGUGCAUGCACCAAGGCCAGUAUCAUCUUGCUACAAAGAAGUUCACACAGGCAGGCAACAAAAUCAAGGCUAUGAAAGCUCUGCUGAAAUCUGGAGACACUGAGAAGAUUACUUUUUUCGCUGGUGUAUCAAGACAAAAGGAGAUCUAUGUAAUGGCCGCCAAUUAUCUCCAGUCAUUGGAUUGGAGAAAAGACCCAGAAAUAAUGAAAAAUAUUAUUGGCUUCUAUACCAAAGGGAGAGCACUCGACUCACUCGCAGCAUUCUAUGAUGCUUGUGCUCAGGUGGAGAUCGAUGAGUACCAGAACUAUGACAAGGCCUUGGGUGCUCUGGGCGAGGCCUACAAGUGUUUAAGUAAGACAAAGAUGAGUGACGAAAUGCUACAAGAGGAGAAACUCUCUCGCCUCAAGAACAAGAUUACUCUCAUUAAGAAAUUUGUGACAGCUAGAAGGGCAUAUGAUGAAAAUCCUGAGGAUGCUAUCAAACAAUGCCAAGUGUUACUGGAGGAACCAAAUCUAGAUGAUUCAGUCCGAAUGGGAGAUGUCUAUGGUCUCAUCAUUGAACAUUAUGCUAGAAGAGAACGCUGGAAGGCGGCAUAUGCUGCAAUGGAAGAGAUGAAGAGUCGAAUACCAGCUCUAAAUAUGGCAUACUAUGUUAAUAUGAGAACAAUAGAAUCAGUUCACCGGGCACUAGACAUUCCUCUCAGUAGGACGAUCACUAGCAAGAUGAAUGGCAUAUAUGGAGGGGGUGGGGAGGAGGAGGAUGGUGAGGUAGUAGAAGAGGAAGUAGACAAUAUGUUCUCAGGAGGAGAUGAUGUAUGAUAAACACUCAAUUGUAUUGAACUAAUUUAAUGACAGACAACUCUUUUGUGUGGAACAUGACGUGGAAAUUUGUAGAGGUUUCCUGGAUUUCUACAACAUACACUCAAGUACUUACACUCUUGGCAAAGAGUUCAAAAAGGAUCCAAGCAAACGCUCCAUCAAACUAGGAAUUUAAUUCAAGAAUAAAAGAUCUGAGCUUUCUCCAUGUUAACAAGACCUGCCAUUGACAAGGUGUUAUUCACUGUUGGAGAUAUGUUAGCAGUAUCACUACCAUGCUAGUUAUCACACUAUAGUGUUUUGAUGGUGAGAUGUACAAUUAGAUUGUGACUUUAUGGUCUGACAGACCAUGUGUGUCAUAGAGUCACUGAUUACAUAGAUAUGUCUACGUUUUACUAGUAAUAAAAUCAUGUACAAGGUGAUGUUGCCAUACUAUCAAGCUGUGAUGUAGAAGCAAUAAGAUGAAUUAUAAUAUUGUGUAAAUUAUAUUUUGGAAAUAUUCUAGGCUACGAAUACAUUCCAUAUAACUAUUAGCUUUAUAUGACUGAUUGGUAUUCCUCCUACUCAUCAAUGUGCACCAGAUCAAUAACUAACGAUAUCACUGUGUUGCUACAUAUCAUCAAUAUACAUAUACAGUACUAAAUUGUUUUUAAUACCAGGUUUUUUAUGUGUAAUGUUUUUAAUUUAUUGUUUAGUUUCAUAAUUUUAAGCAGUAUGUGUUGCAGUAAAUACCGUGUGAUAGAUUGCUUCAGGAAACUAUCAUUUUUCUUUUCCUUGAAGAAAUAAACAAAAUCCAGUACUGGUGUGGGAUUGACAUUUGUUAGUGUCAGUGCUGUUUACUGUCAUGUCAUACAUUCUGUAAAUUAUCAUUUGAUGGUCCAGUUGGCUUGAUAUUUUUUGUAAUUUUGUUAACUGUUGAUAUUGAGAAGUUUUCUGUAGUAGGUAAACAAUGCUUGUCUGUUAAGUAAUGACAUUAUUUAAAGACCAUAUCUAAGUCCCCAUCAUAGUUUUCAUUUUGUUUGAUAAUUAUCACUCUUUUCAGCAUAAGGAAUCAGAAUUGUUAUUUUUUCCCUUUUUUUCAUUAUUCAUUACAUUUUAAAAAAAUUGAAAAUAAAGGCAUUUUCUUCAUAUUAUUUUCUAUAAGCAGUUAGCCAAUAAUUCUUAAGUUUGUUUAAUCAUUGUUUAGGUGACUAAGCAAUUGUGUGUUGCAAAGGGAUCAUAUCGAAAACUGUGAUUAUGUGAAUCUACAGAUGAAGCUAGAGUACACAAUAUGUUUCACAAGUGACAUCUGUACUUACAUGUGUCCACUGAUGUCCAUAGUUAGAUGUGUCCACUGACGUCUGUUCUUACAUGUGUCCACUGACGUCUAUACUUACAUGUGUCCACUGAUGUCCAUAGUUAGGUGUGCCCACGGAUGUCUGUAGUUACAUGUGUCUACUGAUGUCUGUAGUUACAUGUGUCUACUGGAGUCUGUAGAUACCUGUGUCUACUGGUGAUUGUAGAUACCUGUGUCUACUGAUGUCUGUAGAUACCUGUGUCCACUGAUCUCUGUAGAUAUGCGUGUCUAAUGAUGUCUGUAGAUAUGCGUGUCUAAUGAUGUCUGUAGAUAUG